AUGGCGCAUCACAAGUCAUCAGGAGGACCGACGUCGGCCGAUCAUUCAUUGGGAACUUAUCACCACGAUGCAGCCCAGCGCCAGCGAUGGGACGACCUUGGUACCCCAAAAGAAUCCAUCAGCAGUAGCCCCGCUGACAAGUCCGCAAACUGCCAGGCAACACAGUCAGAAUUUCCGACUGCUGGCGAUCCGUCAGCUGUGAGCUCAGAGCCCGUGAAGCAGUCUAGUCAGAAGAGAUGGUGGCAAUGGAGCAAGGCCGCCGAACACAAACUCCUGGAUAACCUGAACGAUCAGUUCAGCGGAAAACGUGGCUGGAAUGGUCACUUCUACUACAAGCCGCGGAAGCCGGAUCAAGAGCACCAAGAUCAUACGGCUCUGGGCGAUGCUGACUACGGCGGAUCUUUGAAAAAGGAUGAUGAGGGGAAGUUUGAGUACCUCAAUCAAUUUGGACAGAAGAGCUCCAAGUACAGCGAUGUCUCCGUCUAUCUUUCUCCGACCAACUUCAUCCCGAAACGCCUCGUCGUACAGUCGACGGACUACGUCCUACGGAAUAAGCUUGCAACAGGCGACUGGAGAAGGAGACAGGUGAAUGGAGAUGUUCCAACUGUCCUGGCCAUAUCAGAAUGGGCACUAGGGCCAUUCGGUCAAAAGGCAUGGUGGCAUAAAGUUGACGGUUCCUUGCGCCUUCUUGUUGUGUGUGUGCCGCUACAGAUCUGCCUCGCCUGGCCCGGUGCCAGCUCGUGGAAAGACGAAGACACCAUUGACACGUAUACCGACUUCCCUGGAUACCACUGGCAGUGGGCCAAACAUGCCAUUAACCCCCUCGACCAGAAGCCAGUGGCCGACAGGCCCAUUGUCGCCCCCCAGCUCCCUUCUAGCCGCCAAAGGCUGAUCCGACCCAGACAGCUUGUUGUCCAACAAGACGACGGUAGUUGGAAAGUUGAUGCUAAUGCACCUGCAAGUAUGAGGUACAUUUUCGUCAGCUUCGCUGACAAAGCGUUUGCUUCAUCGAGCGGCCGGAAGUUGAUACAGCAGAUGGCUGCGAGCGCCGCGCGCGACGCCGGGUGCAAGGCCUAUUGGCUGGAUUUCCUGUGCAGAGCUGAGAACAAUGGCGACUUGCUUGAUUCAGAUGUAUAUCGGAUGUGCGAUGUUAUCCGGGGCUGCAAGCGAGUCGUGGUCAUGCUCCCCGAUGCUCGAGUCGAGAGCAAGAGGAUUUGGGGCUCGCGCAUGUGGACUUUACCUGAAGCCCUCCUGGCGCCCGGCAAUCGUUGCUAUUUCUGUACGCCCGACGGCGAGGGCCAUCGAAUCGAGGAACUAUCUCUUGUUGAGAUGACGUCCGAGGUCUGGGAAGACCCCAUUGACUCAGAGAGCGACGGUGGCUCAACACGUCUGCUUGCGGAACAUUAUGCCAACUUGCUGACGCUCAGUAGGCUUGAGCUGUUCGCAACCGCCCUCGAUGCACUGGGUCAUCGGUCCGAGAAGAACUACAAGUUCUAUACUCCCAACGACGUAACCUACGCCUUGAUGGGCCUGCUUCACUAUCGAAUUGAGCGAGAUAAUACAGACACUGAGUUCCAGUCUCUAGCCCAGCUUUCACUGGGCAAUGAUAGCGACAGAAUUGUCGAACGCAUGAUUUCACUUUAUCCUCACCCUAAUCUCGGUCCAUUCAAACCAUUCCGCACUCUGGCACGACCGGAUCUCUUUCAUACACACCUUUGGGACAUUGAGCCCUCAUGCCAAGUUGUAGGUGUGGCUCAUGAGAACAACACCGUACUGCUGGAUAACUGUCGUGCUAUGCACAUACGCUGGAAGGGAUUCCCACGCCCGGUCGUCGCUCGCGAUGUCGGCUUUCGGCGCCUGAUGGCCGCCAUGUUCGUCACCGCCGGCACGUGGUGGUUUGUGCAGGGCAUUGCGUUGGCGGUCUACUACGCGCCAUUCAUCUCAACUGAGAAUGCAGAACAGAAGGUCAUUACCAUCAUCAAAUGGAUGGUUGCAGGUUUUGUGUUCGUUGCAGUGACUUUGAGCGUGACCGGGCCAUUCUCGGUGCGCCGUCUCUACGGUGGCCAGGUGCUGCAGAGCACGAGCAACCUAGUUGCCUUUGAAGGCGUCAUGCCCAUCUCGAAACUUGAAUGCCUCGUCUUCGGCAACAACAGUUCGCGGCUGUCAUAUGAGGCUUCAUCAACACCAUUCAGUCAGUAUUAUAGACACCACAGCCGCCGGGUUGGAUUUGAACCCGAUUGGAUUCGAGACGAGCGGCCUGAUCUGGUAGAGGCCAAUCUACCCAAGGGUCACAAGCUGUUCACGCUGGUUGACACCGGGGAGCUGAGCGUGAGCAUAUUCAGCGCUGAACGCCCGCCGACUGUCGCACUUCUGUGCGGUCGCGAGGGAGGCAUGUUGAGAGCCGUAUUGUGCAGCUGGCAGUUCGAAAACGACUGUCUAUAUAAGGAGACGGUAGUGCGCAUGCCGAGCAAUGUUUGGAAUGCCGCCACGCCCAAGGGCUGGCUCAAAAUCUGCCUCGGGACCAUGGACCAGGAAAGGGAGGCGGAAAGGACCGUCAAACUUGAGAGAAUGAGGAAGGAGAAGGAUAUAGACCGUUCGUCAUGUUAG